UAGGCGCCACAGGUUCCCCACCUGCGCCGGGGCGAGCGGCCGCUCUGCCUUCGGGCUCUGAGGGACCACAGGGCCGGCGGGUUCCGGGAUGGCCAAGCAAUUCCCGAGGAGCUAAGGCUCACCCCCAACGCUAACUCCGCCUAUUCAAUCCCGGCGGCUCCCCUUCUCCCCCCUCCCGGUCCUCCUCCGGCUCCUGCCCGCCCCUUUCGCCCUGGUGGUAGGAAACACUCCUGUAUCUAACUCGACGUGUCCGGAAAGCCCUGGCCAGUUUCCCUUUCGCUCUGCGGCCGCUGCUGCCAGCACCGCGGCUCCCUUCGAACCCGCGGGUGCAGCUGCCGCGGGUGAGACGCCUGGGGGCGACGAUCCAAGCGGCGGGGCUCCCCUAGAACCAUGCUGGACCCGUCUUCCAGCGAAGAGGAGUCGGACGAGGGGCUGGAAGAGGAGAGCCGCGAUGUGCUGGUGGCGGCCGGCGGCUCUCAGCGAGCGCCGCCGGCCCCGGCUCGGGAAGGGCGGCGGGACGCGCUGGGGCGCUCGGGCAGCGGCGGCGCAGCCAGACCCGUAAGCCCGAGCCCCUCUGUGCUCAGCGAGGGGCGAGACGAGCCCGAAAGACAGUUGGACGAAGAGCAGGAGCGCAGGAUCCGCCUGCAGCUCUAUGUCUUCGUGGUGAGGUGCAUCGCUUACCCCUUCAACGCCAAGCAGCCCACUGACAUGGCCCGGAGGCAGCAGAAGCUUAACAAACAACAACUACAGUUACUAAAAGAACGGUUCCAGGCCUUCCUCAAUGGGGAAACCCAAAUUGUAGCUGAUGAAGCAUUUUGCAAUGCAGUUCGGAGUUACUAUGAGGUUUUUCUAAAGAGUGACCGAGUGGCCAGAAUGGUUCAGAGUGGAGGGUGUUCUGCUAAUGACUUCAGAGAGGUAUUUAAGAAAAACAUAGAAAAACGUGUGCGCAGUUUACCAGAAAUAGACGGUUUGAGCAAAGAGACAGUGCUGAGCUCCUGGAUAGCCAAAUAUGAUGCCAUCUACAGGGGAGAAGAGGACUCCUGCAAACAGCCAAACCGUAUGACCCUCAGCACCGUGUCUGAACUUAUUCUGAGCAAAGAACAACUCUACGAAAUGUUCCAGCAGAUUCUAGGUAUUAAAAAGCUAGAACACCAGCUUCUUUAUAAUGCUUGUCAGCUGGAUAAUGCAGAUGAACAAGCAGCCCAGAUCAGAAGGGAACUCGAUGGUCGACUGCAAUUGGCAGAGAAAAUGGCAAAGGAAAGAAGAUUCCCCAAAUUUAUAGCAAAAGAAAUGGAGAAUAUGUACAUAGAAGAGUUACGAUCUUCAGUGAAUUUGCUAAUGGCCAAUUUGGAAAGCCUUCCAGUUUCAAAAGGUGGCCCAGAAUUCAAAUUACAGAAAUUAAAACGUUCACAGAAUUCUGCAUUUUUGGACCUAGGAGAUGAAAAUGAGAUUCAGUUGUCAAAGUCCGAUGUGGUACUGUCAUUCACCUUAGAGAUUGUCAUAAUGGAAGUGCAAGGUUUGAAAUCAGUUGCUCCAAAUCGAAUUGUUUACUGCACAAUGGAGGUGGAAGGAGGAGAAAAACUGCAGACAGACCAGGCAGAAGCCUCAAGGCCACAAUGGGGAACUCAAGGAGAUUUCACCACUACCCAUCCUCGGCCUGUGGUCAAAGUAAAACUCUUCACAGAAAGCACUGGGGUCCUAGCCCUUGAAGAUAAGGAACUGGGCAGGGUGAUAUUAUACCCAACUUCUAAUAGCUCCAAGUCAGCUGAACUGCACCGCAUGAUAGUUCCAAAAAAUAGUCAGGACUAUGACUUAAAAAUCAAACUGGCUGUGCGAAUGGAAAAACCACCACACAUGAAGCAUAGUGGAUAUCUGUAUGCCCUUGGACAGAAGGUUUGGAAAAGAUGGAAAAAACGUUACUUUGUCCUUGUUCAGGUUAGCCAGUAUACCUUUGCAAUGUGCAGUUACAGAGAAAAGAAGUCUGAACCACAAGAACUGAUGCAGCUUGAAGGAUACACUGUGGAUUACACAGAUCCUCACCCAGAUGCAGACCGUUUUCAGAAACAUGGUAUGGAUGAGUUUAUUUCUGCUAAUCCAUGCAAGCUUGACCACGCCUUCCUUUUUAGAAUACUCCAGAGACAGACCUUGGAUCACAGACUGAAUGAUUCCUAUUCUUGCUUGGGUUGGUUUAGCCCUGGCCAGGUCUUUGUGUUAGAUGAGUACUGUGCCCGUUAUGGUGUGAGAGGCUGUCACAGACAUCUCUGCUACCUUACAGAACUGAUGGAACAUUCAGAAAACGGUGCUGUCAUUGACCCAACCCUGCUCCAUUACAGCUUUGCAUUCUGUGCCUCUCAUGUGCACGGCAACAGGCCGGAUGGAAUUGGAACAGUUUCAGUAGAAGAAAAGGAGAAAUUUGAGGAAAUAAAAGAGAGACUCUCUUCCCUUUUAGAAAAUCAGAUAAGCCAUUUCAGAUAUUGCUUUCCCUUUGGACGACCUGAAGGUGCUCUAAAAGCUACACUCUCAUUACUUGAAAGGGUUUUAAUGAAAGAUAUUGCCACUCCCAUACCAGCAGAAGAGGUGAAGAAAGUGGUCAGAAAAUGCCUCGAGAAAGCUGCCUUGAUCAAUUACACUAGACUCACAGAAUAUGCCAAAAUAGAAGGCCUGGCAGAAAAGGAAACAGAGACCAUGAACCAGGCAACUCCUGCUAGGAAGCUGGAAGAGGUUCUUCAUCUAGCAGAGCUCUGCAUAGAAGUCUUACAGCAGAAUGAAGAGCAUCAUGCGGAGGGAAGAGAGGCAUUUGCCUGGUGGCCUGAUUUAUUGGCUGAGCAUGCAGAGAAAUUUUGGGCUUUAUUCACAGUGGAUAUGGAUACGGCACUGGAGGCUCAACCACAAGAUUCCUGGGAUAGUUUUCCUCUUUUUCAACUGCUUAAUAAUUUCCUCAGAAAUGACACACUUUUAUGUAAUGGAAAAUUUCACAAACACUUGCAAGAGAUCUUUGUGCCUUUGGUUGUCCGCUACGUGGAUCUCAUGGAGUCCUCCAUCGCCCAAUCAAUUCACAGAGGUUUUGAGCAAGAGACAUGGCAGCCUGUCAACAAUGGCUCAGCAACAUCAGAAGACCUUUUUUGGAAACUUGAUGCACUGCAAAUGUUUGUCUUUGAUCUACACUGGCCAGAACAAGAAUUUGCCCACCAUUUAGAGCAAAGACUUAAACUAAUGGCCAGUGAUAUGAUAGAGGCCUGUGUCAAAAGAACAAGAACUGCAUUUGAACUCAAGCUACAAAAGGCAAGCAAAACAACUGACUUGCGCAUUCCAGCCUCUGUGUGCACAAUGUUCAAUGUAUUAGUCGAUGCCAAAAAACAAAGCACCAAACUCUGUGCCCUGGAUGGAGGACAAGAGGUUGGUAGUCAAUGGCAACAGUACCAUUCAAAAAUAGAUGAUUUGAUUGACAACACUGUAAAAGAAAUCAUAUCACUGCUAGUUUCAAAGUUUGUUUCAGUGUUGGAAGGAGUGUUGUCUAAGCUGUCAAGGUAUGAUGAAGGCACUUUCUUUUCAUCCAUUCUGUCUUUCACUGUAAAAGCAGCUGCAAAAUAUGUUGAUGUGCCUAAACCAGGAAUGGAUCUGGCAGACACCUAUAUUAUGUUUGUUCGGCAAAACCAGGAUAUUCUUCGAGAAAAGGUCAAUGAAGAAAUGUAUAUAGAAAAGUUAUUUGAUCAAUGGUACAGCAAUUCCAUGAAAGUCAUUUGCGUCUGGUUGGCUGAUAGAUUAGACCUACAGCUUCAUAUUUACCAACUGAAGACGCUCAUCAAGAUUGUGAAGAAAACUUACAGGGAUUUCCGACUACAGGGUGUGUUGGAAGGAACACUGAACAGUAAGACAUAUGAGACCCUGCACAGAAGGCUAACAGUUGAGGAGGCCACCGCCUCUGUUUCAGAAGGUGGAGGACUUCAGGGCAUUACCAUGAAAGACAGUGAUGAAGAAGAAGAGGGCUGAAGACACACAGCUCUGGAGAAAGGAAGACCUGUACUACUCGGUUUUUGUUCUGGGGCUUUUUUGUUUGUUUGUUUAUUAGUUAUUAGUGUUUUUUUAAAAAAACUUGUCCUUGUAAUUACAUUUAAUGUCUUGACCAAAUAAAACUUCUUGUAUUUCUGUAAGAAGUAAACCUGGAGUUGAGUUAAAGGGGAAAAUGCCAAGUAUAUUUUUGAAGAAAAUCCUUCGUGGUGGUAUAGCUUGACCUAGAAUUAUUUGUUUGUGAUUGGAACAUAAACUUUUUUUUUUAAUUAGCAAAUUCGACCUCUUUUUUUUUCCCAUCAAAGUAAUCUCCUGUGUGUAAAGAGAUAUGUAUUUCCCAUGAUACAACAUUGUGAGAAGCUACUUCUGAUCACUGCACCAACCCUAUUGUACCUUUGUUAAAAUGAUGUAUACCUUACAAUUUAUAAUUUAUGCACAAAGAUUGUUUUGUAGUUAAUUUACCAGUGUUGUGGUGUGUAUAAAAGCUUUGACUUUGGUUUUCAUUACUCUAAAUUGGUCUGCAAGUGUUGUCCUGGGCUUAAAGGACUGCCAGCUCCAAACAUAGACUAGAUUAUACACAAUGGCUUGUGUCUUGUUCCAUUCUGAACAAUUUCUUUGAAGUAUAAGAAAUUUCAAGGUGUGCUUCCAUCAACAUACCAUACUCCCCUACUUCGAAAUAUAACAGCUUGCAGGCAAUAAAAAUUCAUUUGGUCAUAACAACUUCUGUAUUUAUUAGACUUGUAUAGAUUAAAUGCAGUAAAAUAUGUUUGCAGUAUUUCAAACCUCCCAAAUCUCUGGCUUUGUAUCUUUGGUUUUUGUGGUAUUUGUUUCGUUUUGUUUGUUUUAAAUUAAAUAAGCACUUUAUUUUGUACCUAGUAGGUGCACAGAUUUGGUAAAAUGAUUAUUAUGACAGUUUAUAGCCAUAGCAAAGGAGACACUACAUAUUCAAAUAGUAUAUAUUAGUAAUUAAUGUUAACUAAUAAUUAGUAAUGCUUGUAAUGUUCACUAGCAAUUGGCACUCUUAGUGAUAAUUCUCUCAUAAUAAUUUCUUGUGAGGAAUUGGAAAGGUAGUAGUAGUAUGCUUGCUAAUUUUUAUGUGAAUUUUUAUUUUUGUAAUUUUGCCUAAAAUAUACUAGAAUAUUGUGCUGCUGCAUUCAUUCAUAAGUAAUUUUUUGAGAAUGAGUAUUAAAGCAUUUUCCAAGCUUGCCUCUAA